AGGCCCGGUGUUUUCCUGCCCCCUGAGGACUGCCUACUACGUAGUAGUACCUCCUGACCGUCCAGCUGUGACACAGUCCCAGGCUCCAGGGCUGAUGUGAUGCUUGUUCGGAGGUGACCUAGAGUAAUGAUUGUUUAUCUUUUCUGGCGAGUUUUACGUUCAAUCCUUAGGACCUGCUGGGAUUGGGCCUGUCUUCUAUCAUUGAUACGAGGCGUUUUCUCCCAAAGCCUCAGGGCGUCUAGGGCGUCAAUGGCUCAAAGGCUAAUGAACGGCAAUUACAUGUCGAUCAUGUUGGGUAGGAGAAGGUCUUUUGCCUUUUGGAGUGCGACAGAUCUGCAACCAUCACAGGUGGUUGGUCCAUCCCUGUCCAUGGAUCGCUUACCAUCACGUUCACUUCCACCCACGAACAAUUGUGCUGACCAGCCCUAGCCAGCCUAGCCAGCCAACAAAUGACACUUCUCACGAGAGACAAUGUGAGCAAUCUGAGGCAGAACUGACUUCUAAGCUGCAGCACGACAAACUAUUCGCCACCGACCCAGUUUCCAUCAAUGUGGGGAGUUCACAACAGGGGAAGAAGAGCGACCGAGAAGCACAUGGCAUGCAGGGCAACUGGAUAAGGCGCAGUUCACGGUUAGGAAAUGAGGGGACUUGAGAAACCGAUUUCAGGAGGGAAAAGAGGGGAAGAUCAAGCCUUUUUCUAUGAUAGCGAGACCGCUUCUUUGCAAUUCAUACUUGGCGAGGCAAAGCUAGUUCAUCCUCCAAUCUUUCUGACAGUCUGAGGCGGAGGAUCCAUGAGCCUAUAUCUGGACGUGUUCAGUCAUCGCCAGCAGAAUUCAACGAACCUAAGAACCGCCCACAAAAGCAUAAUUGAAAGAUUCCGCUAGAGUAACAAUCGUUGAUCGAGACUGUUUACUGUUAUUAGGGCCGUGACACAAGCAGGCCUUGCCAAGUCAGUCGCCCACCUCAAAACAGCGCGUGGGUGAUCUGGAAUCGUACAGUACAGUGCGCAAGCGACGCAAGCGACCCUAGGUGUGAGUGGGUGGUCGGAUCGUGAGUGAGAAAUGAGAGGAUCAGAGGUUGGAAAACAAUAGGAGAGGAGACCUAGAGAAACGACGAAAGGAAACGAAACAACAUGUAUUCCUCCAGAGCCUAACACAUGGCCCAUAUCGAUACAUCUUUUUCUAAAUGAAAAAGAUCAUUGGUGAACUUUUCGUGGUUUCGCUGGUCAGACUUAAUCAAUACUUGGUCCCAUCUUGAAGAUGAACGGCAGACAUGCGCCACUCAGGAACCACAGCUUGACCAGAUAAGCGUGGGAAUAAGAGUUUGAAGCCAAGUGAAUAAGAUACAGAUUGACAGUGACUUUGGAUGGGAGGAACAAAAUUGGAGCAUAAUCGAGCGGAGAAAAUUUCGUUAAUCAAAGCCCCCG